GACCUUUUAUAGUGCUCUACUCAUUCUCAAUGCAGCUUUUGUGUUCACAACAGGAAAAUGGCAAAUGUAUUUACUAGUGGAUUGAUUUACUUUAUCUUUGUUUUGAAUUGUUAUCAGUGUCGAGAAAAUUAUCAAGCGCCUACCGUUAGAGUAACGCAAGGCCUCCUAAGAGGUACUACACAAAGAAUUUACUCAGGAUCUUUGUACUACAGCUUUAAAGGCAUACCGUAUGCCGAAGCGCCUAUUGGUAAUGAUAGGUUUAAGGCGCCAUUGCCCCCGCAAACAUGGGAAGGAAUACGCGAGGCCGCUGAGCAUGGACCAGUAUGCUCACAAUUAAAUAUAACUCAGCCUGUUGGUAGCGAGCAGUGUCUGUUCCUAAAUGUCUACACGAAAUCUCUUGCACCUCCUACCAAGGUACCAGUUAUGGUUUUUAUACAUGGUGGCUCCUUUAUGUUCGGCUCCGGAAACUCAGACACGUUUUCCCCAGAUUUACUCAUUCAACAUGACGUAAUAUUGGUCACCAUAAAUUAUAGACAAGAACUACUCGGAUUUCUAUCUCUGGAGACACGUGAAGUUCCAGGCAAUGCCGGUUUGAGAGAUCAAGUUAUGGCUUUACGAUGGAUUAAAGAAAAUAUUGCGAAAUUCGGUGGAGAUCCUGACAAUAUCACCAUAUUUGGUGAAAGUUCUGGGGCCGCGUCGGUUACCUAUCUUAUUGUUUCACCUAUGGCUAAAGGAUUAUUUCACAAAGCUAUAGCGCAAAGUGGUACUUGUAUUGAAGACUGGGCUCAAGGUACAGAUAUGAAAGAAAGAGCUUUUAGAGCUGGCAAAGCAUUAGGUAAAGACACUAAUGACGUCAAUGAAUUAUUGCAAUAUCUCAGAAGCUUACCAGCAGGUGACUUAUCCAAUCUACCUGAUAGGACUAUGACUGAUGAAGAAAAAUUGAGAGGUGUACCAGAAAGAUUCGUUCCAGUUGUUGAGAAAAUGUUUCCAGGUGUUAAUCCCUUUCUUGAUCAAGAUGCAGCACAAGUAUUAACACACGGUAAUGCGAAUGCAGUUCCGUUAAUGCUGGGUUACAACUCAGGUGAAGGCAUUUCGAUUAUCUCGUACGAAGUUCCAAGACUGGAAAUCAAGAACAGAAAUGUAUCUCUCUUUGUACCCAGAGACAUCGUAAAACGAGUAUCUAGCCAUAGAGUAAAUGAUAUUGGCGUAAAAAUAAAAGAGUUUUACGUAGGUAAAGGAAAUUUUAGUGAGAGAAAUCCCGAGGCUAUUGGCGACAUGACAACAGAUAUUUAUUUGGCCUACAAUAUACAUAGAUUUGCAUCUUUAUAUAAAAAUCGACAGAUGCCUCUGUUCAUGUACAAGUUUGAUUUCGAUACUGAUUUAAAUGUACUUAAAAAUAAAUUUAACGCAGCUUAUAAGCACUUGAAAGGAGCAGCCCACGGAGAUGAACUAUUUUACAUGUUUUAUAAUCAUUUAAAUAAAGAAUUUUAUGACAAUCAGCCUAGAUUGAGAGAAAUUUCUUAUAAAAUCACAAAACUUUGGACAAACUUUGCUAAAACUGGAAAUCCCACGCUAGAUCAAAGCCUUGGAGUAAAAUGGCCGGAAUACACAAUAACCGGAAAGGAAUACUUGACAUUAAAAGAUAACUUUCCCAUUGGAAAUUAUGCUGAUGGAUCUCACAUGGAGUUCUGGAAUGAUUUUUACAAAGAAGCAGGCUUACCACACAUACGCUGAUAUGGACCUGAUACGACGGAUUUCAUUCAAUAAAAUUAACAUUUAAAAUAUGCAUGGACGUGUAUGCACUAUUAUUAUGAUAAUUUAUUGGUGGGUCACGUCUUCGUAAAGUAGUCUAUAAAGUAAGCUCACGCAAAAUUAUCAAAUUACAAGAACAAACAGUAUAAAUAUAUUUGAGAAAAGGUUGGGUAUUUGAUGAUCUUUAAGUAAUAAAAUUCCAUUGACGGACUUAAAUGCAAAUUAAUAACAUUUUCUAUCACUUUUCUUUUUUUACUAUCAUUUAUCCUAUAAUCUACAACGCAGUCUUUAAUAUAGGAGAUGCAAUUGGUAAGCUGUUAAUAUCGAUAGCAACUGCAAUAAUAAAACAGAUAAGAGAUAAUAUAUUUUAUUAUAAUUAUUAUAAUAAAAAUUAUAAUUUUUAUCAUCUGUUAUUUUAUGACACUAAAUUAGUUUUUUCUAUAAACUCUUCCGCAAAAAAAAAUCGUUCCAGUUCCAGCCGAAUGGUGGGAACGUAUUCCACAAGACAUCGAGGAAAACAUGCCCAGAAGGAGUCCUUUUGGUCAUUCUUGCAGACCAUCUUCUAUCAGUAAAACUGGCUAUGCCUUGUGUGGUAGCGCCUGUUCCUCAGAGUCUAUUAAUUUUGUUUUACCGCAGAUAUUUCACUGUUUACUAGAAAUAAAGCAAUGUUUAAAAUAGCCUUGAUGCAUACAGUGUCUUAUAUAAAAAUGUACAUAGUAAUACAAACAUUUGGAUUCAUUUAAAUAUUUGCUGAUAGCCACAUCAGUAAAUAGUGGCCGUCUGAGUUGUAUUAACACAUUUGAAAUUUAUUUAAUCAGAAACUCGAAGGAAGUUGUUCAGAUUAAUUCGAACAUUGACCAACUGCUGACACAGCCCACUUGUGUUCUAAUUCUUAACAGCUGAAGGUACGCAAUACACCAACAGCUCACUAGAAUAAUAUCAUUUAUGUGUGAAUAGGUGUAAUUAGUAUUUAAGAUAAUGUCUUUGAAUAAUAAAUCAGAUUUGAAUAUU